UAUCUGGGCGGAGAGAAAGAAACCCAACUGAAUUAACCCUCCAGCCAGCCGACACUCAACAGACUAGAGCAGCAGCCGAGGCUCACAACUGAGGACGCACAGCGGGACAUCCUACAGACGAGCUAAACAGAAGAAAACAGAAGCAUCUCAAGCCAAUCCGUUCAAAUCUCUUCUGGAUUUACAGUACAAAGGUUUUGAUGUAGGCUGAUCUAGUGUGAAGCGUUUACUAGUUCAGCUUCUGUGUUUGAGGAGAGGAGGUACAUUUCAGCUAUACUCGGGUCUCGUAAACGGAAUGAAUGACCAAGACAAAGGUUGACACCGGUUCCCCGACGCAUUUUGUCUCGUCGAAGGAGAAGAGGCAAAAGCAGAAAAUGGAGAGCAGCACUGGAGAACAAGAGCAGCCGCAGCCGUCACAACAGCAGCCUGCGCAGCCGCUACAAGUUACCGAGAGAAAGAAAAUACACCGGGCACCGUCUCCAGCAAGACCCAAGGAUGUGCCCGGGUGGUCCCUCACUAAAAUCCGCGGCGGUAUCGGCACGCCGACGCUGAGCGUGAAACCGGGGGCCAUAUAUUUAGGUGGCCGCGUGUCCAGACGGAGCCCGGUUACCGGGAAGGAGACAAAAACAGAGAAGAGUAAACCGGCCGGCAAACCCGCGCUGUCCGCGCCCGGUGCUCAGAAGAGCUGCGUGAAGUCUAAUAAAAGCGGCCGAAGAAAAGUCUCGGACGCCAGCAUCGGAUCGGAUGAUUUGAGCAAGGACUCCGGCUGCGCUGCGGGGAAACUCUCACCCACCGACAGCAGCUCCGAGCUCUCCGACUGCGUCUCCGAGGAGAAUAAAGUCUCCACAGAUGCGCUGAGCAGCGACACCGAGACCAGCAGCCGCGGGGGGGUCGACGGAGAGAAAGCGCCAGCGAGUGGUCAAACCAAGAGCAGCGUGGAGAAAGAGCGGCUCUCGCUGGGAAUGGAGACCGCAGAGGGGAGCGUCUCUCCCGGCGACGAGCGCUCGCUCACCUCGGUCGACAGCAGGAUGCCCGCCAGCACGUCCUUGGCGUUCUCGGACCUGACUGAGGAAUUAAUGGACGGCAUGCAUGAGGAACUAGUCAGGGAAAUAGAGGAACUCAGGUCGGAGAAUGAUUAUUUAAAGGACGAGAUGGAGGAGCUUCGCUCUGAGAUGCUGGAGAUGAGGGACAUGUACAUGGAGGAAGAUGUCUAUCAGCUCCAGGAGCUCAGACAGCAGCUGGAUCAGGCCAACAAAACCUGCCGCAUCCUGCAGUACCGCCUCAAGAAGGCAGAGAGACGCAGCAUCCGCGUAGCCCAGACCGGACAAGUGGAUGGGGAGCUUAUCCGAACACUGGAGCAAGACGUCAAGGUGGCAAAAGACGUGUCCAUCCGUCUGCACAAUGAGCUGGACGCUGUGGAGAAGAAGAGAUCUCGUCUGGAGCAGGAGAACGAGGAGCUGAGGGUGAAACUGCAGGAUCUGGAGGUGGCCAAGCAGGUCCUGCAAGCGGAGAUGGAGAAGGCCAGAGAGAACUUGAAGAAGAGAGGUGCCAGACCAAACAACAAACCUGAUAAAAAAGCAUCGCCUCAGCCUCCAGAAGACAGUUCAGACCUUAAGUGCCAGCUUCACUUCGCCAAGGAGGAGUCAGCUCUCAUGUGCAAGAAACUCACCAAGAUGGUUAAAGACAAUGAGGCAAUGAGGGAGGAACUAGUAAAGUAUCGCUCUGUGUACGGAGAUGUUGAUGCCUCACUUACUGUCGAAGAGGUUGCCGGUUCUCCUCACACCCGAGAGGCUGAGGUCAAAGUCCACCUGAAACUGGUGGAAGAGGAGGCAAACCUUCUAAGCCGACGGAUCGUAGAGCUGGAGGUGGAAAACCGCGGUCUUCGUGCUGAAAUGGAUGAUAUGAAGAUCCAAGAUUCCCCGGGUGGAGUUGGCAUCAUGGGUGGAGUCGGAAGUCAGCUGCUUUCCACGUCUGAGAAUGUGAUGGAGCUACAGCGCCACCUACAGUUUGUGGAAGAAGAGGCAGAUCUGCUGCGGCGCUCCUUGAUAGAAAUGGAAGAGCAGAACAAGCUGUUGAUGAAUGAGCUCAACCACUACAAGUCUGAACUUUCUGCUGUCACUGAAAUAGAGCCGUUGUCAUCCACAACCAUCACUUCACCCACGAUCAUCCCUGAUGCUUCGGAAGACGGAGGAUCUGGUCUAAACGAAGCCAGCCAUAAAGAACUACUUGCUGCCAGGCUUCAGAUCGUAGAGCUGAACGGCAAAGUAAAGAAGCUCCAGUAUGAAAACCGUGUGCUUCUGUCCAACCUUCAACGCUGUGACUUGGCCUCCAACCAGGGCUCUGCACGUCCUGCGCUGGAGACUGAUGCUGAAGCAGGGGACUCGGCUGAGUGCGUCCCCAGCCAGGCGCACCGCGAAGGCCCAGUUGGUGAUGAGCAGAAUGAUAUUCUGGAGGAGAAGAACCUGAAAGUUUCAGGAACAAGUCACAUUCAUACUGCUCAGUGCCUCAGCAUAAAAGACCUUCUCGCCAUCCGCGACCAGGCACUACUUGUUACCUCAGCCAUUCAGCUUCUGACAUCACCCGACCCCUCCUGUAUCUCACCAGAUGCCCUCUAUCAUAAGAUUACGACAAACGAGUCUGCGGAACCAGUUCUGCUAGAGAAGAGCCAGACCCAGAGCUCCAUGCUGCCUCUGGUGGAGGCCCUGCAUGGCAGACUGCAGGCGCUCCAGGCUCAGCUACAGGCCCUCAGUGAGAGGGUGGAUGCCCUGGGGCAGCCCCCAGAGAGGGAGCGUGUGGAAGGGAUGUCCCUGAUGCCCCAGCUGUCUGAGGCAGAAGACCCUGCAGCAAAUUGCUCAUGUCCUGCAGAUGCUCAGUUCAACCAGAACACGACCCAACAAAAGCCUGACUCUAGAGACCAGCCAGACUGUGAAGUCAAAGUUCACCCGUGCAAGGCAGAGGAGGAGAGCAACAGCCACAAAGACAGCAACAAAGAUGAGAAAUCUGACUUAAAGGAAACAAACUCUGAUCUGCUGACAGAGCAGGUUUGCGAGCUGCACGCUCUGUUGUCUGAGGCGAGAGAGAAGGCUCAGGGAGCACAGGAAGCACUGUCACAGGAGAGACUGGCACGCCACAAUGACACACAUAAACUCUCUCAGCUUCAGGAAGAGCAUCAGAAGGCUCUCCUCCGCUGUGACUUCCAGCUGCAGAGUCUGAGUCUACAGACGUGUCUGCACCAGAAGCUGUGGAGUCAGGAGAGAAACCUGCUGGUGCAGGAGUCACAGCAGCUCAAAGAGAGCCUGCUCCUCAUCAGCCUCAAACUGCGUUGGCUCCUCAAACAGUGGAGACUCGGCAAGAAACUAGACACCGAAAGCAAGGAUAUUCUAGAGGUUAAUAGUGUAAAAGAUCUUCGUAUCCUGCUUGAGGAAGAUGGCCUGUCUUCCCACUAUGGAGACAACAAGAUGUCAGCUGCUGAGGAGCAGCCACUCAAUCCUACACCCAAAGAGCACAGCCUGGCAGAGAACAGCUGCCCACAGCCUGGUGGAUUCAGCAGUACUCUGUCGGACCUGAAGGUGGCGCUACAAGACCUGAGCGCUGAGCUGCGCGAGGAGCGUCAGAGUUCACAGGAGUUAACGCAGCAGUUUGCCCGUGCUAAAGCAUCAUGGGAAGUCGAACGGAUGGAACUCAAGAGCAUUAUCACUCAGCUGGAGGGUAAGAUGGGGAAGGCAUCGGUUGCUGGGGGUGAAAAGGAGUCUCCAGACCUCAAGGGGGCACUAAAAAAGGAGCGGGAGGAGCAUCAACACCUGUUGGCGGACUCUUAUGCUGCUGUGAUGGACCUCACCAAACAACUACAGAUCAGUGAGAAGAACUGGAGCCGAGAGCGGCUGGAGCUUCUGGAGCACUUCAACCAGGAAAGAAGUCAAUGGGAACAGCGUUUACGAGAAGCCCAGAGCAAAGGCACACAGGCUCUGCAUGAUAAAACAUCUAAAAAGGAAAUCUCAACAGAUGCAGCCACCAGUGGUUCAGGACUGCAAAGGACCAAAUCAUUUUCUGCCCUCUCUGAAUUUAAGUGUCUGCUGGACACUAGUCUGUUCCUUCAUGGUCACAAGGUCAGCGGAGUGCCAGAGUGCAAUGUUCCACAGCAUCAAACUACUGCUCCUACUUCCAUUUUGGCUCGUACUGACUUAAGUGAUCUCAAUAGGAAGAAUUGGAAGUACCUGACCAAUGAUUCUGCAAUGCUGGAGAAAGGUGAGCAGUUUAAGACAUGGGACUGCCCAAGAACCAACUCUAACAGCAGCUUCCCUGGACUGGAGUUGAGCAAGGAGUACAUCCAGAGAAGUUACACUGCUCCAGAUAAGACGGGUAUUCGCAUUUAUUACAGCCCUCCAACUGUGAGGAGAAUGGAGAGGAGGCCAGUCAAAGAAAAGGCCAAGCAGGAUCCUCAGCAAGGACCAUCAUCUAGAGACACAGCCAUGAUAGAUCCAUCAGAUCAGACUGCUGCAUCUGCACCUUUGUCGACCACUUCCUCAUCCACUUAUGAGCAGUGGUUUAGCUCACUUUCACAGCAGCAUAGAGACCUGCUUGAAGGACGGACGGGAGGUUCUACACCAUUCCAUGGACUGGAAAUUUCAGGCAACCUUAGUGAUGACAUGAAGGAGAUGACCAACUGUGUGCGACAGGCCAUUCGUUCCAGUUCUCUGGAGAGGAAGUGCAGCAAAGAUACAGGGAGCCAGACAGUUGGUGUUUCAAGUACAGGAACGCAAACAGCACAGUUUGUCAGCAUUGGCCUACAAACCGAUGGACCCUUUCCAACAGCUAGAGGCCUUCAAGGGAAAGCAUGGUCUCCUCGUCCAUCCACCUCACUUUCAUCUGCACGCUCCCGACAGAUCUCUACAUCUCUAGAGAAAGUCCACAGUCGCAUAGAUAGACCAUGUUGCUCACCGAAAUAUGGCUCACCUAAGCUUACCCGUAGGGUCUCCACCUCCUCCUCCAAACUGGAGACGUCCUCAACAUCCUCAAGGGAUCGCAGUGUAUGGAAUCUUCAUAAUCGUAGUGGAUCUCAGAGCGGUUCGGCCUGGGCACGUUCCACCACCACCCGAGACAGCCCAGUGCUUAGUGGCCUCAAUGAUGGCUUGACCAGUCUCUUCAGUGUGGUGGAACACUCCGGAAGUGUUGAAUCAUUAUGGAAAGCAGAUCCAUGCUCUGGAAGACAAGCUGCUGGGAAACCUUCCUAUCCUAGCAUAGGUAUCGGACUGGGAGAAGCGGGAGCUCAGAAGUAUGGCAUGGUCCAGGAGUUUCUCCACAAUGUUUGCGGCAGGACUGUGCCAGCAGACACGAUGGAUGAACCAAAGCCUGAAUGCCUACCUGGAGCCUUGAUUGGCACAGACAACAUCACGAAGAUCGUCAAUAAGAGGUUUAUGAAAACACAAAGAGAAGAGUUUGUAGCCACUGGAAAGGAUGCAAUGAGCUCAAGCUCUAGUACCCUGGAGGAUUCAGUUUGUGACUGCAGCUCACAAACUGCCACUUCCUGUUUUGCCCGCCACUCGCGCUCCAUCACACGACAUACCCAUGGCCAGUGCAAACAUCGAGUGCAAGAGUCACCCAUGGGAACUGAAGAACGAUUCGAUACCAGUAAUGAAUGAUAAUGAGGGUGGCCUCUUGUGACACCCAAAAAGUACACAAAGAAGACAACUGUCAACACCCACCCCACACACACUGCCACACAAUUCCACUGCCCCAUACACCAAUACACACAGACACACCCUUAAACAAACAAAUACAUACUUCAUACCUUCAAUAAAAGUCUUCAGGGUUACAACAAUGGGACCUUGAAGAAUUCCUGCAUCUGGAGUUUCAAAACCAGAUCUCAGUUUAACCAGCACACUUUAAUGCCAAGGAAGGGGAAAGAGUUGACCUACCCUUUAGGUCCACCAUUCCACUGUCAACCAGCCAGAUUCCACAAUUUAAGUCCAUCAUUCCAGCGUAAACCAGCCAGACUUGCCUUUAAAGUCCACCAUUCUACAGUCAUCCAUUCAGACCUCUCCUUAAACUCUGUCAUUCCUCUGUUCUUCGUCCAGCCAACAGGAAAGCUUAGCCAGCCAUUUCAAUCCCCAUGGAAGAACUUAAUGAAGCUAUGUAGAUAUAAAGGGAACAUACAGCAUGCAAGUGAACUACACAAACCAAGAACCUCAACAUGGCCUUCAGUAAGAUCAUGAUGUUUUUUGACAACUGCCCAGUGGCCCUUACUUUUGACCACAAACAGCAUUGCUUGGAGUAGCUGUAAAAUUGUCCUGUAAUCAUGUCCUGUAAUCACCUCUUAAUGGAUUCUACAAAUUUACAGCUUUGAGUCUACAAUGGACCACUUUUCCCUUCAAUAGUUAAGAAAGGUGUUAUCAACCAAAUUCAACAUGGUCUCAAUUUGGUAUUAAGUUUAUGUUCUCU